UGCAUUUUACCAUUUUUAAAAAAUAUUUUAUUCUGCUAAUAUGAAAUCUAAUUAAAGAUUGAGAGUGAGUGCCGUAUCCAUGAUGUUUACUCAUGGACGUAACCAAAAAAAAAAUAUUAAGCCCAUUAUUGGACAAAUACACAACAAACGAAAGCCCAAUAUGAUUUCUAAUUAAAUGAAUCGCAGCGUUUAGCACAGGGAGACACAUAUCAGCUCCUCAGAAAGCGAGUUUCCAGCUGGAUAGUCUAGGAGUGAGGCAAACAAUUUUAUAUAUAUAUAGAUGUUAUCGUAAACUUAUACCAUGUACAACAAGCAUAUGGCUACAUCAACCAGGAGCAAUGAUGAGUACUUUUAAGUGAUUUUCGAAUUUCUCUUUAUCAAUUUAUUUGUUAAUUAGAUGAAAUUAUUGUCUGGGAGAAAUUGACUGAAUAUUCUGUAGACUCUUUUUUUGGUAGUGAUAUAUUAUUGUUAAAUUAUAACGGCGUAUACUAAUACUAGUUCUUCUGACCGCCCAACGGCAAAGGCAUAAGAGUUUUUUCUUAUAUAUAAUACCAACUUAACACGAAAGUAACGCCAACAAAAAACCUAUCCCACCCAAUAGAAAUAUAGGCAGGUAGAUUCCUCGCAAUGGUUCGCCCUCCACAUUUUCCCCCGUCUAUAAAAACUCAACGAACCUUCAAAUAACAGAAAACAAGUUUUGAAACAAAACUCUUCUUUCUCUUCAAGUCUUAGGACUUCUCCACAGUUCUAAACUAAAAAAUGUCUCACGGUGUUGACAAGGCGGUUGAAGCCCUGCUUCGUGGCCAAGAAAGCGCUUACCGCUUGAAGACCGUGCUCGAGCACGCAAGCUCAGUUCCAACCGAGCCUCUCUUCGAUACCGUUCUUGAUUCCUUCUCCUUCGCUCUCUCUCUUUUUGCAUCUUCUAACCCUCAACCACACCGUGAGUCUUCUCAGAACAAGGCAACCCCCGUGGUGGCUCGAAAAUCGCCCAAGAAAAAUAGCCACGGAGAAGAAGGUUUAGAGCAAUACAUCCAAGAUUCACCAACUCCUUUCUGCAAUGACGGUUUUUCUUGGAGGAAGUACGGCCAAAAGAAAAUCAAAACCUCUUCCCACCAAAGGUGUUACUAUCGUUGCGCCUAUGCCAAAGACAGAAACUGCAACGCUACAAAGAGGGUGCAACAGAUCCAAAACAGCCCUUCUGUGUACAGAACAACUUAUGUCGGAAAACACAUCUGUGAGGUUAAUGCUUUUUUGCAGCCUAAUGAAGAUAUUAUUAACGGUUCCAAGAUGAUUCGGUUCGACAAAAUCGACCAAGUCAUGCCUGACUCGGUUAUGCCUCAACUCGUUCCAGUAGAACAACAAGAAGCAAUUAUCAUCGAAGGCACGGACCAAAUCAUGAACCUAGAAUGUGGUAGUAACGAGUUUUUGGUGGAUGAUGAACAGUUAUGGGGGUAUCAGUUUCCUCGAUGUUCACCUGGAAAUUUUAUGUUCUUGGACGAUCUUUCUGAGUUCGAUUACAAUCCUUUCCACGUUUGAACAAGCACCUUUUUCAAGCUUCUUCUUAUGUUCACAUAGAGGGUAGACUAUGUCGUACUAUGGUACUUGCUAUAUUUUGUAAUAGUUUAUAUUUUGGUGUGUUAGAUUCAUAAUUCGUGACAUCGUUUUUGUGUCAUUAGUUUACGUCAUCGUUCAUGACGUAUAUGUGUAAGUUCGAUUCAAAUAUUGAGGACAACUACUGUUUAUCUUUUGAAUGAUAUAACGGGUGUUUAUAUA